AUGGCACCAUUCCGGGAGAUGCUGUCGCUGACCCGGUUCUGGCUCGGGUGGCGGCGACCUUCGGUGGCUGGGGUCCCGGGGAAGAACCUUGGUGUCCGAAAGGUCGCCUCUGGCGUCUCUCCCCCGGGCAGCGCCUCACCCAGAGCCCUAAAUAUCUUCGAUCGCGAUUUGAAGAGGAAACAGAAGAACUGGGCGGCCCGGCAGCCCGAGCCUAUGAAGUUUGAGUACCUGAAGGAGGAGGUUGGAAGUCGGAUUGCGGACCGUGUAUAUGACAUAGCCAGAGAUUUUCCCCUUGCUUUGGACGUCGGUUGUGGAAGAGGUUACAUAGCACAAAAUUUGAAUAAGGAAACUGUUGGAAAGUUUUUCCAAGCGGACAUAGCAGAAAAUGCUUUGAAAAAUACCUUAGAAACGGAAAUUCCUACUGUCACUGUUUUAGCUGAUGAAGAAUUCCUUCCUUUCAGAGAAAAUACAUUUGACCUGGUGGUUAGCAGUUUAAGUUUGCACUGGGUGAAUGACCUUCCUCGAGCACUUGAACAGAUUCAUUAUGUUUUAAAACCAGAUGGAGUUUUUAUUGGUGCGAUGUUUGGAGGCGACACCCUCUAUGAACUUCGGUGUUCAUUACAGUUAGCAGAAACGGAAAGGGAAGGAGGAUUUUCUCCACACAUUUCUCCUUUCACUGCUGUCAAUGACCUCGGACAUCUGCUCGGGAGAGCUGGCUUUAAUACACUGACUGUGGACACUGAUGAAAUUCAAGUUAACUAUCCUGGAAUGUUUGAAUUGAUGGAAGAUUUACAAGAGAGAGGAGGGUUAAGAGAGAGAGAGAAAAAAAAACAUCGAUAGCUUGCCUCCCAUACAUGCCCGGACCAGGGAUUGAACCCACAACCCAAAACCUUUUGGUGUAUGGAACGACACUCCGACUGAGCCCCCCGGCCUGGGCCCUACUGGCUCACUUUAGACCAUUUCUGGCAAGUAAAGUGUGCUAUGGGGCUAGCCUCCUGAAAUUUGACUUCUUCACUGUCUUGAUAUCCAGACGCUCCAGGUAGUUUUGCCUUAGAGUCACUAAGAAGCCUUGCUGCAUUCUGAAAGCAAAAUGAGAUUAUUUAGGAUGUUUUGCAUGACUAUUAGAGCAUGGUAUACUAUUUAGGAGAUAAAAGUAAAUCUGUGGUAUUUAUUGAGCUGCUCAGGGUUUUUGCUGUAUU